AGCUUCUGCAAGCUUAGAUUGCUUGCUGCCCCCUGUGCCUCAAUCUCUUCACCUAGAAAGGGAAAGGCUACUUCCAGCGCAUUGUUGUGCACACUUGUGACAAUGAAAGCCAAGUGGGCAGAGCCGAGCCAAUCUCUUCACCAACAGAGGUUCACCCAGGAAGGCCUGGGUGGGCAGGCCGGCUGGGUGAGCAUCGGUGCAAGGCGGCCUGCGGGGGACCCCACCCCCGCAUCUCCCGCAUCCUCACUCCCCUCCUUGUCACCCGUAGGUUAUGUGGGGCACUGCCUGCCCCCCAGCGGCUACGAUGGCGAGCAGAAGCCUGGGCUGGAGCUGGCGCCCGCCGAACCCGCGUACCCGGCCGCGGCGUCGGAAGAGUACAGCGAUCCCGAGAGCCCGCAGUCCAGCCUGUCGGCGCGCUACUUCCGCGGGGAGGCGGCCGUGACCGACAGCUACUCCAUGGACGCCUUCUUCAUCUCCGACGGGCGCUCGCGGAGGCGCCGGGCCGGGGCUAGCGGGGACGCGGCAGGCGCGGGCGACGCCGGCGGCGGCGGCGGAGAGCGCGCGGGUCGCUCGGGGGCGACAGCGGGCGGCGGGCAUCGGCACGCAUGCGCAGAGUGCGGCAAGACGUACGCCACGUCGUCGAACCUGAGCCGCCACAAGCAGACGCACCGCAGCCUGGACAGCCAGCUGGCGCGCAAGUGCCCGACGUGCGGCAAGGCCUACGUGUCCAUGCCCGCGCUCGCCAUGCAUGUGCUCACGCACAACCUGCGCCACAAGUGCGGCGUGUGCGGCAAGGCCUUCUCCCGGCCCUGGCUGCUCCAGGGCCACAUGCGCUCGCACACCGGCGAGAAGCCCUUCGGCUGCGCGCACUGCGGCAAGGCCUUCGCCGACCGCUCCAACCUGCGCGCGCACAUGCAGACGCACUCGGCCUUCAAGCAUUACCGCUGCCGCCAGUGCGACAAGAGCUUCGCUCUCAAGUCCUACCUCCACAAGCACUGCGAGGCCGCAUGCGUCAAGGCUGCCGAACCGCCGCCCCCCGCCGGCCCGGCCAGUUGAGCCUCCGCUACGCAGGGUGCCCGCAGAGGCUUCUCCCACCCCUCAGUCUAGCGUCUCCCCUGCCUGCACCCUCGGCGGGGUGAGGGUGAACCCCAUCUUGACCCAGGAUUUUCUUUUCGACCCCCACCAAGCCCACCACUCAUUUCCUGCACCAGAUCCCCCUUUGCGCCCACCCACAUUGUCCAUUCUGGCCACAACUCGGACCUUGACUCCAAGUCUGGCCUUUAAGGCUCCCAACUCAGGCACCAGGUCCGUACCUCUUCGGGUCCCUGCGCUGGAAGUUUCUCCGGCCCCGACUCUAAGCUGUGCUCCUUACUAGAGCUUUCUUCUCAUUUCUCAGCUGAGUCAUUCCUCUAUUGGAGCCCUCAUUCUAAACCCGAAUGUACCCUUGACUUCCUGUCUGCCUCAGUUUCCCUGUCCACACAGUCCGAUCCUUUGGGUCUCUCUGCUGAGUGUGUGUGUGUGUGUGUGUGUGUGUGUGUGUGUGUGUGUGUACGCGCGUGUCUAUCCGAGAAUCUAAUCUUCACCCCUCCUGGAGUCCCCUGCCUGUCCACCCCUGAGCCCCUCGAUGCUUAGGCCUUAGGUCCAGCCACUCACACGUCCUACCUGACACUUCCACCCUCCUUAGUCUUCCUGGAUCUCAUCAGCCAUUCUACUCCCUGCUCUCUCCAGCUUCCCUCUAGUAGAUCUCCAUUCCUCAGUUUUCCUAGCUGGGAACAGACUUGGGAGGCAGCCCAGGGCUCUGCCCUCUCAGGUGACCCUUCUUACCCCAGGACAGUUCCUGCCUAGGCCUCAGGCAGGGAGCUGCGCCUUUCCAGGAUUAUCUGAGCACUUUCCCUCACCCCAGGACCACAGGUUCACCUCUGCCCCUCACCCAUGGACCCUACCCCUCAUCUGGCAGGGCCCCUUCAGCUAUUUAUUUGUGUAUUUAUUUAUUUAUCUAUUUAUUAUUCUAUUUAAUCUCUUGGCUUCACCCAGGGAUUGUCUGGCUUCCCCAGCUGGACUGGGAAGUCGAGGAGCAGGGUCAGCAAGGCCAUAGCUCGCUGCUCCUCCCCUAUGGGUCUGGGGAGAAGACCACCCUUAUCAGAGGCCUGAACUCCUUAGGACGAGGCCUGGAGAAAUGGGGGGAGGGGCGGGAGCGGAGCCUGCUGAUCUUCAGCUGGCAGGGGAAGGGCCAUCAGAAGGUCCUAUUUCGGGGCAGGUCCCCGGCCUCUUGAGCCUUCCACUCCGGUCCCAGGAAGCCCUUCUGGACCCUCCUCCUUUGUUUCUUAUUUAUUCCUCUUUCAGAGGGACCCCAGGUUCCAGGGACCGACUGAGCCCCGGACCCCGCUGGGGCCUCUGGCCUGCUCCCGGGAGGAGUGCUCUCUCCCGGCCACGACUAUGCAACUCUCCCGGGCAGAGGGGCCGGGACUGCCAGCCAGGCGCCUAUUGGCCACCACUACCUCCUCCACCGCG